AUGUCGAGCUUCACGACCACCACCCUCCCGAAGCCCAUCGUCAAGUCAAGGCUGCGCUGCCAGCCGAAGAUCAGGCCGGCCACAGUGUCCUGCUCCGCCAUCCCCCCGCAGCAGGGGGAUGCGGCGGCGGCGCCGCCCUCCUCCUCUCUGAAGGCCCUCUCCGCCGCGGUGGCCCUCUCCACCAUCCUUCUCUCCACUCCCGUCCCCCCCGCCGCCGCCGAUAUCGCCGGCCUCACCCCAUGCAAGGAGUCUAAGGCCUUCGCCAAGAGGGAGAAACAGGCCCUGAGGAAGCUGGAAUCCUCCCUGAAGAAGUACGACCCAGAUUCUGCACCGGCCCUCGCCAUUAAAGCCACCAUGGAGAGGACCAAGCGGCGGUUCGACAACUACGGCAAGUUUGGGCUUCUCUGCGGCUCCGAUGGGCUGCCGCAUCUGAUCGUGAGCGGCGACCAGAGGCACUGGGGGGAGUUCAUCACUCCGGGCUUGCUCUUCCUGUACAUCGCCGGAUGGAUAGGGUGGGUGGGGAGGAGCUACCUCAUCGCCAUCCGCGACGAGAAGAAGCCGACCCAGAAGGAGAUCAUCAUCGACGUCCCCCUCGCCUCCCGGCUGCUCUUCCGGGGCUUCAUCUGGCCCGUCGCCGCCUACAGAGAGUACCUCAACGGCGACCUCAUCGCCAAGGACGUGUAG